CAUGUCAGGCGGAAUGGCAGACGAGAGAGAAAGAGCUGUUUACAUGAAAUUAGAGGCGCUCAAGGACAUUAGGAACACUCGCAUCUCUUUCCCUGCCAUCGCCAGGUCCAAGGUAGUCGCCGUGGAGCGGUUGCGGGGACGGCUUGCCCAGGAGGUGGAGGUGGUCCAGGCUGAGGAGGCCAGUCUGGCUGAAUACAGGUCAGAGAUGGAGUUGCUACUGCAGGAGAAGAUGGCACAUGUGGAGGAGCUGAGGCAGAUUCAUGCAGAUAUCAAUGCGAUGGAGAGUAUCAUCAAGUCAGCCGAAGACCUUCGCAACAAGAGCCUGGAGCAUGCGAGGCGCUUGUAUGACGAGUACCUCCCUCUCAAGCAAGAAGUUAACCGUAUCGCCACACAGCAGCUAGGCCACGAUCUCAAUCUACCCAAUCUAUCUCCAGAGGAUGACCCAGUGCCAAGCGACCUCUUGGCCAACAGCUUUUUCGAGAAGGCUGGGCUAGAGUGGAGUAUGGAGCACGACGAUCUCCGCAGUGCAGGUGGACUGGGUCUCUCCUCUCUUGGACCUCUAGGGGCUCCGCCAUCCUUCCUCUCCCCCCAAGCACCCCCUCUGGCGCCCCUCAGAGCCACCCCCCACAAGGCUGACCAGCGACCCCUUCCUCCUCCACCUGGUCCCCCAACUCCUGCGUUCAGACAACAGCCGCCCCCAAUGAAGUCAUGCCUCAGUUGCCACCAGCAGAUUCACCGCAAUGCACCCAUCUGUCCUCUUUGCAAGGCCAAGUCGCGUUCACGUAACCCAAAGAAGCCCAAGAAGAAGGAUUAAGUCCACAAUAGAUGGUCGAAACAAACGAGGUGUCAGUUUGUUAGUCGUUCCAAGAGUACCCUCUAUUUUUUCUUCUUUUUAUUUUCUGGCUUUUUUUUUUUUUCCUUAUAACAACCUCCAGUAUAUUUUGGGAUAUUCGUUCAUUGUCAGAUGAUGUGGUUACAUCUCUUAGUCUUAGGAAUCUCUUCGUUUUUUCUGUCUGUCUUUUUCCUCUAGUGGAUCUGUUGUGCAAUUUUCCUAGAUUUUUUUUUUUUUUUUUAAACCUUCAUAAAAAUGUAACAAACUCUGUAUUGAAAGAGAUCAUUUUGCAGUGAAAUUGGAAAGUUGGACACAAAUUGUAAUAUUAAUAGAUGGUAUUUUUAAAGGAUAUUUUACUUUCAAAGGAUUUUAAAAAUGAUAAGAAUAAAAAGAAAAAAAAAAUCUCUCUCUCUCUCGCAUCUAGUAAUUUUAAAAGUGAUUAUGAAAAAAAAUAAUGGGAUUUCAUUAUAGGCAUUUAGAAUUAGCGAUGUGUUGAUCAAGUUUUUCUCAAGAAUAACUCGAAUCUCACUGCAAAAGCAAACAAUGUGACACUUUAAGUCAAUUUGAAACUUUUGUUCAAACCACUCUGUAUAAGAAAAAGCUACCUCUGUGGUUAAUUAAGUGAGGAAAACAUGUCACUGUGUGGAUGGGUAUUUUUACUGGCUUUUCUAGAAUGUGUGUAUAAGUGUUAGAGAUUAGAGAUUUCAGUAGGCUACAGUGGAUUUUUUUUUUUUUUUUUUUUUUUUUCUCCCCUUGAAUAAAACAUUAUGCUGUAUUCUCAGAAUGUUCCUAAGAUUUUUGUUUUCUUUGUCUGUAGUGCCAAAUGUAUAUAUUAAGGAACAUGGUAAGUGUAUGUUGUCAUAAUCCUGUAAUGUCAGCAGUGUACUUAUCCUCAGAAGUGAAUCAGAGUGCAAUGAGUUUGCGUAUGUGCGUGCAUGAAGGCAAAUAUUUUUGUGUGUACCUAGUAUGUAUAUGUACAUGUAUACCACAUGUUUGUGUAUGUGUAUAAGAGCUUGUACUUGUAAUAUAAUUUUUUUUUUUUUUUUUAUGUAAAUCUUCUUGGCAGCUAGCAGUCAUGUUCCAGUUGUGAAAUGCAAUAAUCUCAUGAUGUCAAUUAAUCUUAAUUUAGUUUUUUGUGUUAUUAUAAAUGUUAUAGUACUGAAGUUACAAUUUGAAUACACUUAACUAUACAGAUAUUUAAGCCAAAGCAGUUGUUGACUUCUUGUGUAUUUUUUUUUUUUUUUUUUUUUUUUCCUUACAAGAGGCAUGUUGGCCACUGUAUUUAUUCAAUAAGAAGAUACUCAUGUAAUUCCUUGUAGGUCUGGAUUGCCUUACUCUUAAUAUUUUGACAGCUUAAGAUUUAUUAUUCAAAAUAUGUGGGCAUUCAUUGUCAGUUCAUUGAAUUGGCUUUUUUUUUUUCAGUAGAAAGUGUCGAUGAUUUCUCUGGGAGAAAAUGUGUGUGUGUGUGUGCGUGUGUGCGUGUGUUUGUGUGUGUGUGCGUGCGUGUGCGUGCAUACAGUGUGUGAAUGAGCAAGUGUAUGUAUCUGGUAUUUUUCACAUGUUACACAACACAGUAAGUCAUUGUUGAAAGUUGGUAGUCAAUGACACACUAAAAUUAGGAAUUUUUUAUAUGUAUUUAUUUUUUCAAUAUGCUAUAAUCUGCUUUAUAUGUAACUGUGAAUCAAUCAAAGAUGGGAUCAGUUGAUAUUGUUUUGAUGUAAUGAUUGUGUGAUGGAUCAUGAUCUACAUAUUUUGCAUUACCUUUCUGUAGUAGCAGUGAUUUUUUGUAUUAAUUGUUGGCACAGACAUUUUUAUAAGAAUGUCGUUGGUAACUUUUACAAUUUGUACUUCAGUCUUGAUGGUCAUUAAACAUACUGUGUACUUA